UUAUUGUUACACUGUAUAUCCUAGCAAGAGACCCACCAACUUCUUUACCAUGUCCUCCUUUUUCUUUUCUUUAUAUACGCACAUAUACAUAAACCUUAGCUGCAGGGGCAGGGAAUGUUUGUGUUUCUUAAUGUCUCUGCUUUUCUUUCUCCGACCAGUACCACCACCCCUGUACCUCUCUUUAGGCAGAUGAUAAUAGCAAAUAAUUAAAUACCAACCCCAACGUGACUUCUCUUUACGCAGCAAGACUCAAUUUCCUUUAUUAUGGCCGUUGACCAGCACUACACCGAGUCAUCAUUGCUUCCUCCUUACUCCCAGUUUUUUACUGACGAUAACACCAAUGGUCUCUCAGGGAACAACAACAAACACCUUAGCCAAACCUGCCCUUCUUGCUUUACUUCAUCUGAUUUUGGUUCUGAACUCAGCUCACCUGUUGAUUCUGAACUGGGUUCAGCUGUGUCAGAUAGUGAUCAAGACUACGAUUACAUUGCUGAGUUGACUCGCCAAAUGGCUCACUACAUGCUCCAAGAUGAUGGCAACAGACGUGAAAAUGAGGCAUGGAGUUUGGCUGGUUCCCUCCAAUCAACAAAGUGGUCUCCGUUUGGGUCAAGCAAAGAAGAAGUAUCUACGUUUGAGAACUUGAAGAUGAACGAAGAGAAGUCCAGGCAUAAGAAUAGUGAAAGAUUUUUAGCCCCAAGGAAACCCAGAAACUCAAAUCUUGAGAUUCAUUCUAAGCAAGCAUUAAUUGAUUACCAAAUCCAAGCCAUUCAAUUCUAUAAACUCAGACAAGAGCAGAUUAUGAAGCAAAAACAGGAGUCUCGGUAUUGGGGAAAACAAGCAAAUGGGUUUAAUCACGUUGAGCUUGAUACACAAGCAGCCAGGCCAGUUCAUCAAAGCAAAGGCAGAGCUUGUGCCGGGUUUGGUAACAGACAAAAGGUUUCGUGGGCUAAUAUGCGGCAGCAACAGAGAGCCGGUUCAGAUAUGACAGCAGUUUUCCUCAGUGAAUCCGGUCCAAGAAAUGUUUCUUGUGGGACAGGGGUGUUCUUGCCCAGAGGAAUCGGCAAUACUUGUGAGUCACGUAAGAAACCAGGGUGUUCCACUGUUCUUAUACCGGCAAGAGUUGUACAAGCCCUAAAACUUCACUCUGAAAAAAUGGGUUCUGAAUCAAGAUCCAAUAGAGCUAGUUUCCCAGUUCAACAAGAUGCCUUACUGGGUGAUGUGAGGUAUGAUCUGCAAUUCCAGAAAAAGAGCCAGUCCAGGACGACGCCGGCAAAGAACCAAGAGAUGGGUCUGCCUCAGGAAUGGACAUAUUGACAUGAAGCAAACCACAAAAUGGCUUGUUCCUCACUACUACUAAACUCUCUCUCACAUUAAUGAUGUUUUUGCUAAAGAAAAGAUGAAGAGUUGCAGAAUAAAGAAUGAAAGAAGAAUGGACGUUUAGUCAAAGAAAACAGGGAACUCCAUAGAAUCGGACAAAUCAAAGGAUCAAUAGAAUGCAUUAUUUAUUUAUUAUUUUAUAAUAAAGGGUGAGAUUUAGACAGAGGAAGAAAAUAAUGUUGUCAUAAAAAGACACAAGCAGGUCUGUUCCUUCUUCUGGCUUGUGCUGAUUAGCUAUAUAUGAUUAUUACUUAUAAUUAGUAGUGUUAUGUCUUGUAGUAAUUCAGCUGUCAGCAAAGUGGAUUGCUUGUGAUUGUAUCGUAUCGUAUCUCUAAUGGGAUCAAUUUCUAUCUCAUCUCUCAAUUUGUUCAUAGA